CUUUGGCAGCAGAUGAAGUGGCAGCGCCGGUGCUGGCAAAGGCCGCUGUCACUCGGGGCCGCUUAGUGAGAGGGCCGCGGCCGUCAGGUUUCCGGGAUCCCAGAGCAGAGGAGUCCGCGAGCAGGGACAUCGGCGACGCAGGGCUGGGACGGCGAUGGCGGCGUUCUCGGCGCAGAUCAGGGAAAUCAAGAAUCUGGAUAUGGAAUUGAAGUUAUUUCUAGAAACCAAAUUUCUGUAGUUACACUAGUUCAAACAACACAGAAGAUCUCGACAAGCUGGUGUGGCUGUGCCUAACAGGAAUGUUAUUUUUUCUGUCUGAAAAUGCAGAACCUGAGAGAAAAGGAUGCAGUGACCUAUGAUGACGUGAAUGUGAAAUUCACUGUGGAAGAGUGGGCUUUGCUGGAUCCUGCCCAGAAGAGUCUCUACAGAGAUGUGAUGCUGGAGACCUGCAGGAACCUCACUGCCAUAGGGUACAAUUGGGAAGACCAUAAUAUUGAAGAACAUUCUAGAAGAAAUGGAAGGCAUGAAAAAGCACAUACUGGAGAGAAACCCUAUGAAUGUUAUCAAUGUGGUAAAGUCUUUGCAUAUCACAGUGAUAUUCAAAGGCAUGAAAGAGUUCAUACUGGAGAGAAACCCUUCAAAUGUAAUCAAUGCGAUAAAGCCUUCUCACAACACAGUCAUCUCCAAAUACAUACAAGAACACACACUGGAGAGAAACCCUAUGAAUGUAAUCAAUGUGGCAAAGUCUUUGCACAUCACAGUGAUGUUCAAAGGCAUGAAAGAAUUCAUACUGGAGAGAAGCCCUACAAAUGUAAUCAAUGUGAUAAAGACUUUGCAUGUCAUCGUAGUCUCCGAAAACAUAAAAGAAACCAUACUGGAGAGAAACCCUACAAAUGUAAUCAAUGUGAGAAAGCCUUUGCACAUCCCAGUGAUCUUCAAAGGCAUGAAAGAAUUCAUACUGGAGAGAAACCCUACAAAUGUGUUCAAUGUGACAAAGCCUUUGCAUGUAAAAGUAAUCUCCAAAUUCAUAAAAGAACACAUACUGGAGAGAAACCCUACAGAUGUAAUCAAUGUGAUAAAGCCUUCUCACAACACAGUAAUCUCCGAAUACAUGAACGAACACACACUGGGGAGAAACCUUACAAAUGUAGUCAAUGUGAUAAAGCCUUUUCAGUACACGGUAAUCUCCAAAUACAUAACAGAACACACACUGGAGAGAAACCUUACAAAUGUAAUCAAUGUGAUAAAGCCUUUUCAAAACACACUUCUCUCCAAAUACAUAAGAGAACACAUACUGGAGAGAAAGCCUAUGAAUGUAAUCAGUGUGAUAAAGCCUUUGCAUGUCAUGGUGGUCUUCAAAGGCACGAAAGACGCCAUACUGGAGAAAAAAUUCAUCAGUGUAAUGAAUGUGGUAAAGUUUAUACAUCUACCAAUUAUAUUUACAGGCAUGAAAAAACAGUUACUGGAAAGAAACUCUAUGAAUGUAAUCAAUGUGAUAAAGCCUUUACUUUUCAUAGUGGUCUCCGAAAACAUAAAAGAACACACACUGGAGAGAAACCAUACAAAUGUAAUCAAUGUGAGAAAGCCUUUGCGUGUGAAAGUAAUCUCCGAAAACAUAGCAGAACACAUACUGGAGAGAAACCCUACAAGUGUAAUCAAUGUGAGAAAGCCUUUUCACAACCCAAUAAUCUGCAAAUACAUCAAAGAACACAUACUGUGGAGAAACCCUUCGAAUGCGGUCAGUGUGGUAAAGCCUUUGCACAUCGCCGUGAUCUUCAAAGACAUCAACGAGCACAUAUUGGAGAGAAACCCUUCAAAUGUAAUCAAUGUGAGAAAGCCUUUGCACAUCGCCGUGAUCUCCAAAGGCACGAAAGAGUUCAUACCGGAGAGAAACCCUACAAAUGUAAUCAGUGUGGUAAAGCCUUUUCACAACACAGCAAUAUGCAAAUACAUAAAAGAACACAUACUGGGGAGAAACCCUUCCAAUGUAGUCAGUGUGAUCAAGGCUUUGAGGGAAAGAGUCGUCUCCUAAUUCAUAAAAGAACACAUACUGGAGAGAAAGCCUAUGAAUGUAAGCAGUGUGGUAAAUGCUUUUCACAGCAAGACAAUCUCCAGGUACAUAAAAGAACCCAUACAGGAGAGAAACCCUAUGAGUGUAACCAGUGUAGUAAAGCCUUUUCACAGCAAGGUACUCUCCAGAACCAUAAAAGAACACAUACGGGAGAGAAACCCUAUCAAUGUAACCAGUGUGGUAAAGCCUUUUCAAGGAAAGGUACUCUUCAGAAACAUAAAAUGACCCAUAUUGGAGAGAAGCCCUAUGAUUGUAACCAGUGUGGUAAAGCCUUUUCACAAAAGAAUCAUCUCUUAAUUCAUAAAAGAACACAUACGGGAGAAAAACCCUAUGAAUGUAACCAGUGUGGUAAAGCCUUUUCACAGCAAGGCAAUCUCCAGGUACAUAAAAGAACCCAUACAGGAGAGAAACCCUAUGAGUGUAACCAGUGUGGUAAAGCCUUUUCACAGCAACGUGUUCUUCAGAAACACAAAAGAACACAUACUGGAGAGAAACCCUACAAAUGUAAACAAUGUAAUAAAGCCUUUUCAAAACACAGUUAUGUCCUCUUACAUAAAAGAGCACACACUGGAGAAAAACCCUAG